CUCGCCUUUCCUGCCCGCCAGGCAGCCCUCCCCCCCCCCCCUCGCCACUGCCGGGCCCCGGGGGUCCUGCCACCAAACCCCCUGUCUGAGUCAUGCUCCGGGCCGGCAUCUUCCGCCACAUUGGCCAACGGUCGGGCCCCUGGCAGCACCGCGCCGGGGGCGUGGCCGCCACAACCGGUGCCCGCGUAUCCCCCUCGCCGCUGGUUGCGCCGCUGGCCAGCACCAUGCCCACCAGGCGACCGGCCGACUGCCCUGACCGCGGCCUCAGCCACAUGCCGACCCGCGCUUCGGCGGCCAGCUCUCCGGCCUGGCUGCCUUGUGACCUGGGCCUCGCCAGGCUGACGAGCCCACGGUCAACAGUGGCAUCCCUUGUCGCCGCGGCUCCUCGCCGCGACUACGCCGCCAUCGUCGACCCUCCGAAGCCCCCUCCUUCGGCGACCACUGCCCCCGUCGCCGCCCCCGCCGCCGGUCCCACCACCACCAACAACAACAACAACAACAACAACGCCGUCCCCCCUGCCACAAUGCCAGACUGGGGGGCGGAGUUUGACACCCCGGUGCGAGCCAACUUCGACCGGCUAACGAUAGCCGGGCCCAUGCCCCUUGAGCCUGUCCCGUCGGUGAUUCCCCCGAGCCCGCUCUCCGUUCGCCGGCAGCUGUUCGGUAGUUUGACCGAGCAGCUCUUCUCGCGAACCGGCAGCGCCAGUGCCACGAUCAAUGGCGGAGUCGGCGUCGGCGGGUCGGUGGCCACCGGUGCGGGCGUCGGUGGCUCCUCCGCCAGCGCCGCCGGCGGCACUGGCAUUGCCUCCUCCGCCGGGGCCCACGGUGCCGGGGCCCUGGCCAAAUCCCCACCCUCCUCGCGGUAUCUCGGCGAGGCGGACCUUGAUGCGCUGCUGUCGUCGAUUCGCGAGCGGUACCUUGUUCUGCCGCGCAUUCGGCCUCGGGUGGGACCCAUCACGCAGGAUUUCGUCUGGGGCAUCCUCUCCUGGCUGCUGCUGAUCCUGGCCGUGUCUUUUGUCACCUUCACCACCCCGGUGGUGGGGUUCUUCUUCACCAUCGCCAACUACCUGCCCUUCCGGGACCUCCUCUAUGCCCAGGUCGCGCGGCUUUUCUCAUACUCCCUCGGGUAUGAUGUUUCUCUCAACGGGCCGAUUGUCACCAUGCGCGGGUCCAUCGAUGGUGAUGGGGCCAAGAAGGGGAAACUCCUGUCGGGGCUGGCCCUGGCCGAGGCACCGGGCAGCGGGCUCCCGGGCUCCAGCGCCGCCACCUCCAACAAGCGGGGCGUCUUCCUGUCCUUCUCCAAUGUCCGGCUUAGCCGGCUCUUCGAGGAGCUGAACCACGUGCCGGAGACCGGUGAGCCGGCCGGGCCGGCCUUGCGGGUCCUGCAGGCGCGCGAGGCCGGCUCCUCGGCGGCCCUGGGCGCCGCGUGCGUGUGCGAACCGCGGCUCCCCCACUCGACCCAAGCGGAGACCGGCCUCAAUCUGCCCUGCCCGCGCUGUGGCCAGGAGCUCCUGCACGACCAGCAGCUGGCCGCCAUCGACACCAAUGUCACCCAGUUUGAUGUCACCUGCGACAAGAUGGAAGUUCGGCUGUCCUUCUCGCGCUUCAUGAAGGGCCAAGGCCUGGUGGAGGAUAUCACCAUCCGCGGGGUGCGCGGCACCGUGGACCAGCGCCACCUGUACUGGCCGCCGGAUUAUGUGAACCCCCCGCUCAAGGACGGCUUCGACAUCCGCCGGGUGCAGGUGGAGGAUGUCCUGCUGACCCUGCUGCAGCCCUCCUUCCGGCCCUUCAAUGUGUCGAUCCUGGCCUUGGACCUGGACCGACUGCGCUUCCGGUGGUUUUUGUAUGACAUCCUCCGGGCCAACAUCGCCAUCGGGUCCUACGAUGAUUGCCUGUUCACCUUGCACACGGCGCAGCGUGGCUCGGCCGAGCACCAAGCCCUGGAGCUGGCGGCCGCCGGGGACACCGACGCCGAUGCCACCCGGCCUCGGCGCUUCCGGUCCCGGCACUUUACCGCCAAUCCCGACACCGGUGGGCCCGACGCGGCGGGCUCCAACAAUGCCGGCCCCCUGCACCGCGGGUCGCCCCUCAUGGAUACCCUCUAUCCCAAUGGGCAUCCGGCCUACACGCCCUACUUGCACUUGACCACCUCGUCGGAGGCCGGCAAUUCGGCGGCCAAUGCCUCGGGCCAGGGGUCCGGCUCGGCCGCCACCCCGGCCAUGAGCCCGGCCGCGGCCCUGGCCGCCGCCGCGUCGCGCAUCUUCACCGGGGCCGGGGCCGACCCCGACCCAAAGGACACCCCCCCGCGGCUGGCGCACCUGAAGAUUGUCGGCGUGCCGUUCGAGCACUUUGGCAAGAACUCCCCCAGCGGCCCCAUGAGCUGGAUCUACAGCGGCACUGUGGACAUUUCAGCCACACUGGUCCUGCCGGAGGUGGACCCCUCGCUGCUCACUCCCUACUACGAGACUUAUGACCCGGUGCAGCUCCGGCACUUUGCCCUGCACGGGGAGCCCCCCUCGGAGGAGGCGGCCACCUAUGCCACAGGAGCCGGCGAGCCGCAGCUCCACCCGAGCGUGCCGAUCCCCUAUCCGCCGGCGGCGCCAGCCCCGCAUCAUGCCCACCCCCAUCCGCCGAUGCUGAUCGAGUCGAACCUGCGCUUCAACAACCUGCGCGCGGCGGUCCCCCUGCGCGAGGGGGACUGGUCGUAUGUCGAUACGACCAGCCUCCGGCCGAUGGUCAGCUACAUCAAUGCGCAUGCCACCUUCCUGCCGCUGGCGUAUCGUUUGGCCCUGCCAGUGUCGCAAUUUGACUCGGCUUGGUCCCUUUUCGAUCGGUUUAUCGCCUAUCGCAUCUCAGAUGCCAUCUACAACAGCUUCCUCCGGCGCAUGAGCGACGAGCAGCGCCGCCAGCGCCAGGUCAAGCGCAUCGGCGUCUGGGCCUUGCGCGAGGGCAUGAAGGGUGUGGCCAACUUCUGGUCCCUGGUCCGGGGCCUGCCGUACUCGCUGCCCGCCGGCCAGGGUCAACAGACCUUGAAGAUCAACUCUUCCCCACGAACGGGCCCGGCCCCGGCGCCAACGCCCCUGACACGCCACGACCCACUGGACACCGCACACCUGGCGCCGAACUAGACACGCGGCUGCCUGCCGGUCCUCCUCGCCCUCCCGGUAGCACCCCGCGGUUUCUUUGGGUUGGCGGAAGGCGAGUAGCACCGGCGAAAAGGCCAGCGGAGAGGGCGGGUGCAUGUGGUCGCAAUGUUUGCCGUCUCCCCCC